AUGAUCGCCCCAAUGCUUGGCAAUCCGGAGUACAUUCCACAGUAUUAUCCACCCGGCUGCUUCCCGACUGGCGAGACGAUGGUCGGUGCGCCAGUGGCUCGUGCCUUGAAACGAAAAAUUCAGGCAUCUGCGGAGAAGAGUAAAGGGUACUCAUCCUAUCCACAAUAUGGGGCUAUGCCACCUCACGAAAACUACCAAUACAUGACGGUGCCAGAUCGGCACGGCAUUUAUUACCAUCAACCAAGCCCAGCCGCUAACUAUGCCAACUAUGACACCUCUCCACAGCAACCAACAAACUACUGGCGUCCACCGUCGCGAAGCGACCUCGUCAAAAUGGAACUCCGAAACUCCCUACAAGCCAAACAACUCGCCGCCCAGCAACCCCAAAGCCAGCAUCGAUGCAGCCCACACUCGGACUGGGCGAGAAAACAGAAAAGCCCUCUAUCUCCCCGUGAGGCGCAAGCACUACAGCUGAAGCUACAACAUCAGAUGUGCAAAGAUGAGCCGCUUUGUAGCAGUCAAGUAUCGAGCUCCUCGGAUUCUUCCUCUUCCUCUAGCCUGUUCGACGAUGCUUUCGCCGAUAUCCCAACCGGAAAAUAUGAUAAGGAGAAUGGGGCCUCACUCGAAGAACUGCAAAGCAGCUAUAAUUGGAACCUCGGCGCUGGGGAUUUCGAAUUCGAUUGCACAAAUCAAGAAACGCAACUCUACGUGAAUACAGUGUUGAGCAUCAUU